CCCCCUUAAACCAAAUCAAGAUGGCCACCCGAAAUCCAAUAACCAUAGAACAGCCUGCCACCGAUCUAUUGGGGACUCGAGAAUCGGCAAGGGUUGCUGUCUUUCUAAGAACGAAAUCGUCUCUCUAUUCAUUGACGCAUGACCAAGUUGUUCGCAAUACGUGCACCUCUCUGGACGUCCCUUAUGAAAAAAGUCGACUCAUUGCGAUACAAAAGUGGCCGAAGUUAGACGUAUUGGUCUUCGAUAUUUUCUAUGACAACUACGAUCUGAAUACUGCGCACCACAAGGUGGAUCUCCCAGUAUUGCUAGUAGACUACGGCAAGGCAAGCUCCGUCGUCAGAAAAACCAGCCAUGAAUUCAGUGAGAUUGUUAAUGUGCACGUCGCAACGCAACACAAUUACCACGGCUGGAACGCCAAGCCUCCAUACUUCGAGGACCAAGCCGGUCACAAUCCGCCCAAGUAUGAGAAUCCUCGAGAUGCCACGAUGCUAUAAGAGCUAGCAUCACAUCGAACUUCUAUUAAAUAACCAGUUCCUGUGCGGCGAAGCCUUUGGUUUGGAUAGCAAUCUAGCGCUGCUUUGCGUUUGGAGUGCCGGGGCAGCUUUACUUCUAGGCAAUAAGGUCGGAGGGGCGGGCUGAAGAAUGAUUAGCCGUCGGCGGCUCAGCUCCCUGCGGGGUAGUUCGCUUGACUUGCCCAACGAAAUUGUAGAGUAGUCCCCUAUUCGGUAGUGACUGAGGGCUUUGCGACGCAUGUAUUGGAUCAUAUCAGCUGAAAACAAUUAUUUCGCCGCAAAAGCGCAACAAGGUUCGCGAAUAUACAGAUCAAUUCUUAUGAGUCACGCACCCCGCGUUGCUGGUGUCUCGGGGAGUCCUACAAGUGGCAGAGCUGGGGGUACCUGGGCGCCUAAAGGGGGUCAAUCUGAGGUAACUCUAGCCAGAAGUCAAACGAAUGGAUACGGGCUAGAUGUAGGUAUGCUUGACUAUGACUAAUGUAAAACCAAUCAUCUGUUUACGACUCUUUCGAACCUAUUCAAUAUUGCAGCAUACAAGUGCGUGUAGCCGAAGCU